UAAGCUCGCGUUUUUUCAGUUUCCACACUUAAGUGUACAGUUGACUGUCUCGUGUUGCAAUAAUUUUACGUCAAAGUAUCCUUCGUCAUCAUGAAUUCGUUUUCAUUCAUUUUCGUAUUCGGUCUGACAUUGGCUUUAGCAUUUGCUGCAGGAUCGUCAUCAAACCCGGAAGAAAGGAGAACCAAGGCUGCCCAAGAAUGCAACGCUACGAUCCCAGUUUCGAGAAAUGCUCGUGAUCAAGUCGAUAAAAGCGUUGUUUUUGGUGGAAGAGCGAAUUUGACUCAUGAAGAAAAAUGUUUUUUGAACUGUGUCCUCCAAAAAGUGAACUUUCUUGAUGCAAACAGUAACAUUAAAAACGCUUCAGGAUUAGUCAAAUUUGCCAUAAAAGAUACUCCAGAAUUAGCCAACUACAGCGAUAUUUUUAUCGCUCAAAUAUUCCAGAUUUCCAGAUCGACUAAAGCAAUUGAAGACAAAUGUCAAAAAGCGUUCGUAAUCUAUCACCAAUUCCUCCAAGGAACUUUUUCAUUAGCAAUCGCCAGCGGUUUGCAGACCGAGACCGGAAUUAGAGAGAAAAUUGUCAACGCGGUAGAAACUGGACAAAAAUUAGACGCGAGUGUUCCGGAACAAGUUAAAGAACUCUUGGGAAAUGUCGAUGGCUUCUUCAAGUUUUUACAGGCCAUUGAUCAAGCUGUAAACUCACCUCAAGAAAAUGCAAGUUCAUAAGUUAUCACGCGUUGUUUUGUAUUGUGAGUGUAAAACUUACUUUUUAAGUAAGUUUUUUGUUGAAUUUUUUUGAAAAAAAUAUAAUGUUCGAAUAAGUGA